AUGGCCUUCAAGAGUGUCCUCCCUCCGUUCGAGAAACGGCCAAGGUCGCAAAGCAACUGGCCCAGCGCGAAUGCGAAAUUUCUUUAUGCUCUCCGCGAAAACUUUUCGGUGUCGACAUGGAUGCUCCUUGGAGCUCUGCUGCAGUCUUUGGUCGUCUUGGUCAUACCUCGCUUCUACGCCAUGCUUCCAUCCCUUCUUGUCCUUGGGAUUCGUCUAGCGGAUACCAUGGCCAUUACUUGGGGCCGGAAGAAAAACCACUAUCUCGACGAAGCUAUCCUGUACCGCACUUCUCCGCAGAUCCCGGACGAGGAUGGCACGUUCCAUGAGGAAGCAUCGGAAGAGAAGCUCGCCGUCUUCAUGUUGGGAGCCAAAGUCAAUCACCCACUUGGGAUAUUUGCCCCGAACGUCAAGACAAUAGGCGACUAUCUGUCCAAAAUGAUCGAGGAUCUCGAGAGCGAGAAUACUGACCUUGGCUUCUACGGCGGUACUUCGUUUACCAGCCAGGACAAGAACGGCGCCACGGAGAUCAUGAACCUCAGUUACUGGCGGUCCGCAGAAGACAUACACAAGUUCGCAUACGGCAAGCUGCAUCGCGAAAGUUGGGACUGGUGGAACAAGCAUAUCAAAGAAAAUGAUCAUAUCGGCAUCAACCACGAAAUCUUCGAAGUGGACCGCAAGCACUGGGAGGCCAUCUACGUCAACUUCCAACCGACUCUGUUGGGCGCCACGACGUAUCUGAGAAAAGGCGACAAGAUGGUCGGCGGCACAGUCGAAGACCAAUGGAUCUCCCCUCUUGUUGACGCCAGUAGGGGCAAGUUGAGAAGCAGUGCUGGCCGACUAGGCCGGAAACCUGAGGAGCUCUAUCAAAAGCAUGGGUUGGCUCCCGGUGCCGAUUACGAGGAAUGA